UAUUUGUAUAUAUCAUAUACAUAUCAUACAUGUAUAUUUAUUUGACAGAUAUAUUUAUAAUACAUAUGUAUUUAUAAAAUUUUAUUCUUUUUUAUCUUACUUUUUACUUGCUAUAUAAUGUAUUUACCUAUAGAGAUUCUUAAAGAAGUUGGCAGUUAUUUAUCUUUAUCUGAUAAAAAUGCUUGCAUACGUGUUUGUUAUGACUGGUACGAGCCUUUUUUACACUUAUUGUAUACUCGAAUUAUUAUUCGAUCUCGACAUCAAUUUCGAUUAUUUUAUCAAACUAUCCAACAAUCUGCCAACAUUCGUGAACCACUCGGUUAUUUUGUGAAAGAACUCUUUUUUGAGCACAGCGAUAACAAUCGACGACAUCCAGUGGGGCUAACACGCGAUGAGCUUGAAAGUUUUCCUAAAUAUUUUAAGAAUUUACAAGUCUUAGAUUUCGAUCCUAAACUUUGGCAAUAUAUGCGAUAUUCUGACAUAUUUGCUCAAAUGAAAUGCAUCCAACAACUACCAACAUUUAAUCGCAACAUAAUUUUUCAACCCUUUUUAGAAAAAAAUAUAAAUGUAGAUCUAAUAUCACAACUUACUUAUUUAUCGAUUAGCGGUGAAGCAACUGAAUACCUAGCCCAAAAUAAUCUCAUUACAUCUGUUUGGUCUCGGAUGCCUAAAUUAGAACAUUUAAUAAUUAGAGGAGCAAAUUAUACACAAUUAAACAUUAAAAUGAUAAUAGCUCUCGGAGCACAACUACCCCAAUUAAAACAUUUAACCUUAGGCUGCAUCACUCUUCCACUUGAUGAAAAUGACAUGUGUUCUACAACACGAUUUCCUUUAUUUACUUCUGCACUUUCCUUAACUCUAGAUGAUGUUCACUUACAAAAUUGGCGACUGAUCACUUUCCUUAGUUUAGCCUUUUAUCACAUUGAAAUGCUUGAUUUUGAUGUGACAUUUGAUUGGUUUUAUAAUGACAAUGUCACAAUAGAUUUAUAUGAACAAUCAAUGGAUGCUUGUAUGGGUUUUGCACAACUUUGUCUUUAUUUAAAGAAAAUUAGAUUUAGAAGAGUAAAUACAUCUGUCUUUCCUUUCCCUUAUGAUGCCUUCUUUCAUGAAAUUGCUGAUAUUCAUUCUGAUCUUGUUAAAGUAGAAAUGAUUGAUUAUGCUUGGUGGUCUACAAUCAAUCCUUCUUCAUCCUUUAAAGCGGCUACGGUACAAACUGGCCUUUUAUCUAAAGCCGAUCUUAAAUUUUCUUGGACAGGUAAAAAGACAGACAUGGCUUUAUUUAAAAACUUAAGAUCUUGUCCCAACUUGACAAAGUUGGAUUUGGAUUGCGAUAUUCCUUUAAAAAAUGGACUCAGAUUGGAUUUGUUGUUGGAUAAUUGUCAAGCUUUAGAGGCCCUCAGUCUGUCUCAUACACUUAUCACAAUUGGAAAACCAAUUGAAAAGGCAUCAGAAAACAGACAUGGUAUUAAGAGUCUAAAAUUUGAAGAAUCUGUAUUAGGUAACCAUUUAAUGGAUUACAUUUCUCGGAGCUGUAUAAAAUUAGAUAAGCUCUGGAUUACCAAAUGUGUACAAGAAAAGCCUCGACGAUCUGCUUUUAUUGUAAUAAGUAUGCCAGAACACAACUUUAAAUCGAUACGACUGAAUUCACUUCACUUAAAUCCAGGCGGCUCCAAUGGAAAAUGUGAAGCAAGUAUUGCUAUAUUAUCAUUUUAUGAAUCAACACGAUAUGAAAGCCAAACAGAAAGAAAGAAGAAGUCGGAAACAAAGGAUAUUUAUAAGAAAAAUAAUGGGAUGCCAGUAGCAGCACCAGAAAUGUGGAGAUUUUAUCAUGUUCAUAAAUCAGAGUCUACUAACACAAAUAGUAAACAACUUAGACGACUUAGUACAGAGGAAGCAGUUAGAAUAGCAAAUUUUGAAAUGAAUGAAAAGAAAUGGAAAGCAAUUAAAAAUGCACCAAGACGUAAAUCAUUUACAGAUAAACAAUUAUGGGAGAAAGAUAUUCAAUUUGGUGCUGUACUAUUACUAUGCAAAUCAGUCGAUCAUCUUAGAUUUAAUGAAUUAACUGUCUAACACAAUUGCAUAUAUGCAUUUGUAUUAUUAUUAAUGUACAUUACAUGUUACCC